AUUCUGCUUUCAGAUCCCGCGCUAACCAACUAACGGUAGAACCGCACACAACCACUCCUAUAUGCUAACAAAACAUCAGAGCAAAUAAUGCCAAGCUUGCCACCAACUACAAACAAACUGGACAAUAUGACCAAAGAAGAAAGGCCACCACAAUCUCAGAGGAAAGACUUCAAGAUGCGGCUUCAGGAUAAACUCAUGAGAAGCCCAAUGUCAGAGAAACUUUUUCCUGGAGAGAGCCUGCUCUGGUCCCAAUCUCUAGAGACUCUUCUUAGAUCAAAAACUGGUAAAACAACUUUCCAAGCCUUUCUCAAGUCUGAGUUCAGUGAUGAGAAUAUCGAAUUCUGGAUGAUCUGCGAGGACUUCAAGAAAAUCAAGCGCAACUCUACGCUGACCUCCAGAGCCAAGAAGAUCUUUGAACGCUACAUCCAGGCUGAAGCUCCAAGAGAGAUCAACAUUGACCACAAAACCAGGGACCUCAUCAAAGAGAACGUACAGACUCCAACGAGGUACUGCUUUGACGAGGCCCAGAGGAUCGUUUUUAGCCUCAUGGAAAAGGACUCGUACCCCAGGUUCCUCCGUUCUGACCUCUACAGAGCUCUUUUGGAAUCAGUCUCAUAAGGAUGAAGGAACUACCGGAAUCUCCUGGUGGCUCAUGUUUAAGGACUAUAGCAGAAGUGGCAGAUAAGGACAAUGGCAAGGGCUGACCCUGGGCUUGGACAGUUGGACUUAUAUGGAUUAGCACAGAUUUCUGCUAACUGACUGGCUAUCAUCUACCUACAUCGUUUUGCCCUGCUGCCUUGCUGUUGAUGCAACACUACAUCAGUGGAUGCCCAUGAAGCUAAACGAGCUGUCAUUGGUACUACAAUUCCAAGUUCACGAGCUGGUACUUUUUCAAAAGAUGAAGAAAAUUCCCUCGGUUAUCUUUUGUAUACCACUUCCACCGAUACCGAUAUCACAAAGUAGUUUAGAUUAUUAUGUUGCACAGUAUACAAUGAUCUAAGCAAAUUGCAUGCCGACAUUCUCUAACAGACAGCAUGAUGACACGAACAGACGAGAUCAUACGAUAAAGAUACCUCUAUGAUGUUCUGCUUACAUCAUCAGUCAGCAGGUCAUGGAGAAAGUGACCCUGUUUUGCUAAUCUCUUGAUACCAGCAUCAUCAUAGCUGCACUCACACUCAAUCAGAGAUCAAGCAAAACUUUCAGACACUGCUUAGAAUUUGUGAUCGACCAUCUUACAGGACUAAAUCUUCCACAUCGAUUUAUGCGGAGCAGAAGAUCCAACAGUGUAAACUUGACUUAAGUUGCAGAACAAGCAGAGAAGGUUUUAAAUUUGUUGACUUGUGAUGUUAUUACGGUUUCCUUUUUCAAAUAGAAGCAUGAUCAGAACUCUAGACACAAGAAUCAAAGUUAAGUUUUUGGAAUCUCUGGACAAUUGAAAGGACUGAUCUCCACAUGGACAUGCUAAACAAGACAUUCAAUAGCUCCCUUAUAGAGUUGAAGAAAUAUUUUGUAUGGUGUAAAUGGUGCCAAAGUAUGACUUGUAAAGAUUGUAUAUACGUAUAUGUUUUGAAAGGUUACGUCUUUUAUGGAUAUGUUCGCUGUCUUUUAUAUUUUUGUUCACUGUUUUAAAUUAUGACUCCUUUCUGGACACUUUUUUACUGGUUAAUGUAAGAUCUCCAGAGAAAAGAUCAAAUAAACGGUCUUAUCUCAGGAAAAAAUGGACUAAUUACAUUCAAGAACCCAUUUAGAAAGCUUAAAGAGUAAAAGAUUUGACUUUUAUACACACGUACUUAUGUCUUUGUUCGUUGUUUUAAAUUAUGAUUCCAUUAUAGACAUUUAUUAGGAUUUUCACUAGUGAAAUCCCCCAAUAUAUGUUUAACUUCUCUAACUCAUACUAAGACAUAUUUAAUAAAUAUAAAACUUAAACCAA